AGCUUACCUGUCUCCUAAGCAAUCGCAGGUUGGGUUGUUAUUCUUAGCAUGACCGUUACGUUAUAAAAACUAACUCCUAAACUCACUUUCCACACUAAAAUUAUUCCAACAUGAAUCGGAAUCUUAUCUUCGCUGGUCUGUUCUCCGUCGUCGUUCUUGUGGCGGCUGCCUCUUCGGAUGUCGGCGAGGACCCUCUGAUCCGCCAGGUGGUGGGCGGCGUCCGGCUCGGAGCAGAAGAGCACUUUUUGGAGUUCAAGCGUAGGUUCGGAAAGGCGUACGCUACCGGGGAAGAGCACGAUUACAGGUUCACUGUGUUCAAGGCUAACUUGCGCCGUGCUCGGCGCCACCAGAGCCUGGAUCCUUCCGCGGUUCACGGCGUGACUCAGUUCUCCGACCUUACGCCGACGGAGUUCCGAAAUAAGGUUUUGGGCCUGCGAGGUGUGAGGUUGCCCUCCGAUGCGGAAAAAGCUCCCAUUCUCCCCACCGAUAAUCUUCCGAGUGAUUUUGAUUGGAGAGAUAACGGUGCAGUUACCGCUGUCAAGAAUCAGGGUUCAUGCGGUUCGUGUUGGAGCUUCAGCGCUACUGGGGCUCUGGAAGGGGCUCACUUUCUGGCAACAGGGGAACUUGUGAGUCUUAGUGAGCAGCAGCUUGUUGAUUGUGAUCACGAGUGUGAUCCGGAUGAAGCAGGUUCUUGCGACUCUGGGUGCAAUGGUGGAUUGAUGAAUAGUGCUUUUGAGUACAUCCUAAAAUCUGGUGGGGUGAUGCGCGAGGAAGACUAUCCUUAUUCUGGUACUGAUCGAGGGACCUGUAAAUUUGACAAAGCAAAGAUUGCAGCAUCAGUGUCAAACUUCAGUGUGGUCUCACUUGAUGAAGACCAGAUUGCUGCAAAUCUUGUGAAAAACGGUCCUCUUGCAGUUGCCAUCAAUGCAGUAUUCAUGCAGACAUAUAUGCAUGGAGUAUCAUGCCCAUACAUAUGCUCAAAAAGGCUGAAUCAUGGAGUAUUACUGGUGGGAUAUGGUUCUGGUUCCUAUGCACCCAUUCGGAUGAAGGAGAAGCCAUAUUGGAUCAUCAAAAACUCCUGGGGAGAGAAUUGGGGAGAAAAUGGAUACUACAAGAUUUGUAGAGGCCGAAAUAUCUGUGGAGUAGAUUCUAUGGUUUCAACUGUGGCCGCAGUUCAUACAACUACUCACUAGGACGACAUAAACACACUGUUUGCCAUGUAUGAUGACUUUUCUUCUCAACUAUUUAGAUUCAAACCUUAGACAUAUUAGUGCCAAAGACCCCAUGCCAAAAAUUGAUGACUUAUAGGUAAUUUUCAUUAUUUCGUAGUAGAAAAAAAUAUAUUUCGACAUUUUCUAUCUAUAAAA